UAGGUUAGUAAGUAUCGUCCGCAGUAUAGUUUCCCUGUAGUUGGUCGUCUUGCCGGUACUAAGACCAUGUGUAUAACCUCGUGAUAGGAAAUUUCUGUGCGUGUGUGUAUUUGUACGCAUUCCAUAGUGUCUUCUUGUUGUGCUCGAUUUACACGUACAUAACAGAGGCACUAAACGUAUGUGCAUGAACAGUUAUUCGAUUCGUUUAUAAUUAUGACCGACCGAUAUGUGCGCAAUAAAAUAAUGCGGUUGUUAUGAUAUCUGUGCUAUGAUAAUCGUGAAAUGGCGGGUCUCUUAAGGGUACCGACACGUUAUCAACAUAAUAGUGGCGAAGACAGACGGUCUGGCCCGGAAGAAGGAAUUGAUAAUUUAUUACUAGUGCCUGAAAGCGUUUUAGCUAUGGACGGAAAACAUCUUAGGGACGAUUUAAACGGACUUAGAUUUGCGUUUCGUAGACAAUGUUUACAGGCAGAUCUUGGACCCCAAGGAAACAUUUGGAUAUCAGGAGUAACUACUGUUAACCCUGACAAUAGGCCAAGCACGGCGCCAGCACCACCUCUAAAUACAUCUAGAGGAGGACUUCAUUGGUUUGCUCAUGGUGCAGAAUCAUUUGACCCCUUUGAUGAUACAGAUGAAACAGUUAAAGAAAAUGUCAAAGAUCGAGAAGAACGACUGCGACUUGUUCGUGAAAAACAUGACGAAGAACGACAACGUAAACUUGAAGAACUCAAGCAACAAGCAUUGGCUGUUCAAAGGUAUAGAGAACAAAAAGAAGAAGAACGAAAAAGGCGAUUGGAAGAAAUGCGUACACGAGAUUUAGAAAGGCGACAGCAAGUGGAAGAAAGAAAACGUCUGCUAUUUGAAGCAGAACGAGAAAAACGUGAAGCGAUACUUAAGAAAAAUCAAGAACGAGAAGCUAGAAUAGAGUCAAAAAAAAGAAAUGAACGAAGUUCAAUAGUUUUUGCCUUUGGUAGCUCAACACCCCGUAUGCUUGAACCAUCAGAAACUGGAGGUUCCUAUUGGGCUAGUCGUAGAGCUACAUCUACCAGCAAUGUAAUGAUGUUAAGUACCAUAGCUCCAAUGGGCCCACUAACAAGGCGAUCAUCUGAAAGAGAGUUAAACGAUUGCUCAGGAAAAAAAAGAGCAGCUUCUGCUGGAGGUCUUUCUAAUCACUGCAUAGAUGAUUUUUCAGAAAACAAAAGGAAAUCUCUUAAAGAUAUUUUACAAUGGGAUAAUUUAUGUCAAUUUCCUGCUAUUUCAGAAUAUUCUUUAGAUGUUGGUCAGGGGGUAACUGACGGUGAUAGAAGUGCUGAAAGGAAAGCAGCUAGACGCAAGACAGACUUGAUGCCCACUAUUGUGUCCCCACGUGACCUUACGCCUAGUCGUCCUGGAUCAGCCAGUUCAUCCCGUCGUUCACCAGGUAGGGCAAGUUCAAUGACUCGAUUGGACAACAGUGCUUUAUAUGGUGGCCGCUUGUCAUCAGCGCGCAGCAUGAGCCAUUUGGCCAGUGGGACUACGCGAACUGUUUUAGGCUCUAACAAUGACCGUUCAAUGCAUCGGAGUAUGAUCACCUUAAAUCCAGUGCCGCCACCUAGGCUCACUAGAGCCGAGCGCCUGCGUAAACGCGCCAGAGAGUUUGCAAACUCUAAUACUACAGGUAUGAAAUCAGGAGAAAUGACACCUGUAAGUCGACCUCAAAGCUCUAUGAGUCAAUCUAUUAUAGGAGCGCCACAACCAAGAUCCAGACCUGUAGCAAUACCUCGUAAACCUAGACCUAUUAGUAUAGCUGUGACAGGUAUUACAGCUCUUGAUCAAUCUAUUAAAUCUCCAGCCAGUGGAGAAAGACCUCCAUUGCCUAAAUUGAAUGUUACCAAAAAAGCUAUUACUCCAAAAGUAGAAAUGAAAAAAUUUCCUAGUGAAAAACCAAUCACUAAAGUAGAUAAAAACGAAAAUGCAAAAUCUUCUGGUUCUGAGGAAUGCAUUGAAUUGGAAAAUGCAAUCAAGGAUGAAGACAGUCAAAGUAGUUCAAUUCAAGAAUCAGUGAAUGAAGCUGCUGAAUGUGAUAUGACUGCUUCGAUGUUAGCAACCAAACUAAAAAUUACAACUGAAGAAGAAGCUAAGGCAGCUUUAGCUGAACGUAGAAAACUAGCUCGAGAACAAGCUGAGAGAGAAGCUGAAUUAGAAAGAUUAAGACUAGAAGCUGAAAGAUUAGCUGAAGAAGAAAGAAUAAAACUUGAAGAAGAAGAGCAAAGACGCCAAGAAGAAGAACAAUUAAGACUUUUAGAAGAAGCAAGAAAAGCUGAAGAAGUAAGAUUACAACUAGCUAUAGAAGAAACUAAAAAGAGAGAAGAAGAAGAAAAAAAGAGAAAAGAAGAUGAAUUAAAAUUAAAAUUAGAAAAAGAAGAAUCGGAAAGAAAAGCUAAAGAAGAAGCUGAAAAAUUAAGGCAAGAAAUGGAAAUAAAACUAAAGAAAGAAGAAGAAGACCGGCAAUUAAGACGUAAAAGAGUAGAAGCCAUUAUGUUAAGAACAAGAAAUCAAGGAAAGGGAUCAACUAAUAUAAAUAAUAAAGAAGAGACUGAUUCUACUGAUUUAAAUUCUGGAGACAAAACUGAAAAAAUAUCACCAGUUAUAGAAUACCCUAGUCAAAACCAAAUAUCUAAUGAUGCAUUCUUAAAUGCUGAAAAAUGUCAUAUUUCUUCACUUAUAAAUGGAGUAGAAGAUACUUCUAAACAAAACGGUCAUGCAAGCAAUAGUAAUGUUCUUCAAAAUUGUAGUAUUACAGUUAACAAUGACCAACAAAAUGCUAAUGGUUUUGUUUCUGAACCAAUCAAUAAUGUAUCUAAUAGUUUAUUGGAUUUAUCAUUGGACCCUAUUCCUUCUAAUACAAUUUCCACUCAAAUUAUUGACAUUGGUAUCAGUAAAUGUGUCCAAGAUAGUACAUCUGAUUUUGCUCCAUACCAAGAAACCAAUAGGUCAGAACAACAAAUUGUUAAUGAUUUACUAUCAUAAUAAACACAAAUUCUGCAGUGGGUUUUUUUCACCGAAUGGUUGAAAAAGUAUUAUUCAUGAGUGCUACUUUUAUUGUUAUUUUAUUAUAAUUAAAUUAUUAGUUGGAAUAGUAGAAAAAUUUAACAACAAUUAUUAUUUAAAAUGUGUUUAGUCAUAUAAUACUAUUUUAAUAUCUAUUACCUUUUCUGAAAUUCUUAAUUUUAAUAAUAUUAUUGACUAAAUUAUAUUUAUUCUGUUUUCACAUAGCAAACCAUAAUGUAUUAAAAAUAAUAAUAUGAUAAAAUGACAUAAGAUUGCUUUGUCUUUCCAAAUAAGAAUAUUUAAAAAGAAAAUUAUAGUGUAACAUUAAUUUUCAAUCAUAUUUAUUAUUCAUGUUUUAAUUCAGUUUUUUCUAGUUUUAUUAUACUUGUAUUCCAGUAAUUUUUUUUUUUUAAUGUUACAUUUAUCUUCCAUUUUGUAGAUACAAUUUCAAAUGUAACAUGUUCAUAUUAAUAAAAUAUCAAUAUUACUGCAUAUAUUUAGGAAAAUUUUCAGUGAGGCUUGUAGUGUCAUGUACAUAAUUUGUAUUAUUGUUUAGAAUCAUUUACAUCCUCUCUGAUCUCAAUACUAAAUUUUUUUUCCCAUUUUUAUAAUUUUAAGAAAUGUCUCCUCUUGUCUUUUUUAUUAUAUUUUAUCAAAUUUUUCUGAUAUCUGAUCAUUUAAUUUUGUUAUUUUAUUUAUUUUUUAUUGUUUGUGUUAGGCUAUUUUGCACAAAAAGACAAAGCCAUCUUAAUUUAUAUAUUUACAGAAACCUCAUUCUAUUUAAAUGUUAACUAAUUAUUGUAUACUUUAGUGAUAUAUUUUCAACUAACAAUUAUAAUAUCAUUACUUAAUGUAAUAAUAAAAAACAAUUUUAUUUGUAAAAAGUUAUUAUAUGUGCUCUGAUUAAAUAUUUGUGAGUUAUAUUGUAUCCAAAACAAAUGUUUUUAAUCUAAAUUUUGAUAAACAAAAAAAAUUCAUUAAUUACACUAAUGUUUAGAGUGUUUUAAUUUAAAUCAUCUGAAAUAUUAAUUUUAUUAUUGUAUACAUAAUAAUAAUAUGUAACUUGUAUAUGGAAUUUACUGUAAUGUUAUUUUUUUAGGCCUCAAAAAUUGUACUAACUUGAAUUUUAAGAAGUUAUUAUACUCAAUUAUGUGGUCUACUAUUUGUGAUUAUUAAAUAAUGAUUA